AUGACUCCCGGAGUUCCGGGCUCAACGCCCGUGUCCGGUCUGCUAGCGGUGAUGGACUUCGGAGAAGGCUUGCGAUCGUCUUUCCCACACGUACUUUGAUGUAGUCCUCUGCGCCAUUGGCCUCGGUCCCGAGCGACGUACAUCAACUAAUCUGCCUCGAUCUUCCUCAACGGUUGGCUCUCGGCCGCUUUCGACGUCCUAUCGGGUGUUCGGCAAGGCGAUCCUCUGGCUCCGUCUCUCUUCGUGCUGGCGAUCGAGGGUUUUGCCUGUCACAUUCGACUGAAGGUUGAGGGCGUCGUGAGCCCGGGCCUACAAACGAUUCGAGAACGAGUCCUCUUUGCCGACGACGCUUGCUGCGCGCUCCAUAACCUCUCGGACCUUGACCAUCUCAAUCGGGCGACCGAGCUGUACGAACGGGCAAGUUCCAGCAAGCUCAGCAACGCCAAAUCAUUCCUCUACCCCCUUGGAUCGUUUAGGGGCCGGCCGAUAGCCCUAGGCCUCGGGACCUGGCGUCUCAGCAUCUCCCACGUUCGCUACCUUGGUAUUCAGGUCGGAGUGGAGAUCGCCGAGGAUGCGGGUUGGAACUUGGGAGGAGAUCAAGUCCUCGACCGUCGCUCGUAUAUGCUCUAUCCCGAUGUACGAUCUCCCUUACGCAGCCAAAUGUUCAAUCAUGAACAUCUACUGCUACACAAAGAUCCUCUUUUACAGCCGUUUCCUCCCGCCUCCCAAGAGCGUUGUCAAGGAAAUCGAGGAUGCCGCCAUGUUCGCCAUUCACGGUCGAGCUUCGGAUCGUACUCAGCGACGUCCGAAGGUCUCUCGGUCAACCCUCUGCACCCCUCUCGAUCACGGCCGCUUCGGUUUGAUUGAUCUGCCUCGGCGCCUAUCGAUCGAUCGAUCACGCCAAGUGGGUCUUCCAGCUCCGGGCCCCGGACGGCUGCUUCACCCGCCACCUUUCGGAAGCACCUGAGUCUCUGGCUCACCUUGCGGUCGGCUGCCCGUUUGCCCGCCGUCUCUGGUCGGCUCUCUCUCUCUCCGGCCCCACACCCCGACUUUGUCGCAUUCGUGUGUCCGGUCGUCUCCCGUUCGGAACGCCGACUUGUCGAGCUGCCCAUUAUUUCACUCAACCAGUGGGAACCCGUUAA